UAUAAAUAAAUAAAUAUGUUUUCCUGCUGUGCAUGCAAGUCAAAAAAAACUAAAAGUAGCAACGGUGAUAGUAGUGAAGAAAGUGCUGACGGUUCUGAAGAAGUCGACUCUAUAAAAAUAGAAUUGCCAUUAGAUAAUAAAAAUUCAAAUUCAAAUUCAAAUUCAAAUUUAAACGAACAAAGCUCAAAUAUCGUUAACGAAAAUAUCGAACAGUUGAACGGUAAUCACGUCAGCAAUAAUGAUAAUGAAUUAGAAGAAGAAGAAGAAGAAAGUAUCGAUGUUAUUUACGAAGUUAUUAAGCCUAAAGUUAGACCUGUAAGUGAUGAAAAGCCGAAACCGGAAGCUGAUAAGGAAAGUUCUGGUGUUAAUGAGGCUACUGAUGCUCCAGUAACUGAUGAUAAUCACAAAGCAGAACUAGAACCGGAUGAUAUUGAUGUUAAUUCAGAGGAGUUUAUGAACGAAGUUAAAGAAAUUUCCCGUGAAAUAAUCCGCGAUGUCGAGGAACGGUCACUGAUUAUAGUCAAUGAGGCUCAUCGUGUUUUGGUUAAUACUAGAGAUAUUGAUGACAAUUUAGAACAAGGAGUUGAAAAUAAUUCGGUAGAUAAUGAAAUUAAUUUAAUAGAUAAAAAAGAUAUUGAUAUUGAUGUAGAUGUUAUUGAUAAAGAUUAUUUAGGAGAUAAAGUUAUUGAUAUUAAAGAUGAUUUAGUUGAAGUAAUAAAAGAUGUAGCUGUAGAAUUAAGUAGCGAAGUUGAGGAAAAUCAGUCUGAUAUUAGCAAUCAUGAGGAUAAUUCAAUAACGACUGUUAAAGAAAUCGAAGUUAAUUUAACGGAUAUUAUUAAUGAAGAUAAUAUAUUAGAAGUUAAGAGUAUUAGUAAAGAGGGGGGUGAUUAUAAAUUUAAAAGUAAUGAAGAGUCUGCUGGAAUUCAUUUUAACGAAACAACGAAUGCCAAAGAAAGUUUUCCUGUAGCUGAUAGUAAUGAUAAUGAUAAUGGUAGAGUAGUUGAUAAAGUGAGCAUACAUACACCGGAAAUAAUAGAUCAUGUUAGAAAAAUAUCAAACGAAUUGAUAAACGAAGUCGAAGUUGAAGUGAUCGAUGAAGUGAAGAAAAUAUCCUCGGAAAUAAUUGAUCAGGUGGAGGAAAAUAUCACGGAUAUGAUAACUGUCGUUGAGGAAAAUUUAAUGGAAAUUAGCAAGGAGAUUGAGGAAAAUUUGUCGAAAAUUAGAAAACAUUCAAAGGACAAACCUAUUGAAGAUAUUUCUGGGUUGUCUUUGAUCAAAAGUGAAGAAGAGUAUUUAGAUUUUUCUUUGAUUAAAAGUGACCAAGUUGAAAGUUCUGGUUUGCCUUCGACUGAAAGUGAAGAAGUUGAAAAGUUGGACUUCUCUUUGAUGACAAGUGAAGCGGAAGAUUCGGGUCCUUCGAUUAAAAGUCAAGAAGAAAAAUUGGACUUUUCUUUGAUGAAAAGUGAGCAAGUUGAGAGCUCGAUUGAAAUAAGUAAUGAUAUGAGAGUCGAUCCGGUCGAAGAUGCAAGACAAGAAGGCGAUGGAGAAGAAGGGGAAGGAAAAGAAGAAGGAAAUGAAGAAGAAGAUAACGAUGAAAGCGAUUCAACAAGUACUACUGUAUCAAUUAAAACAAUAGAUGAUAUUAAAACAUGUAAAUUGACAUUAGAUAAUAUAGUAAUGGGGCCACCAGCUGUUUGUCUGUAUCAAGCCCCAGGUUACAUUGAAAGAACAAUUGCCGAUGGACCUGACGACGAAGGGGACGAUUCUGUCUUUGAGAAUUCAAUAACCACUGAACCAGUUAGUCCGGCGGUUAUGACUAAACCACCAUCGGUAGCAGUAGUACCAGUAGAUAAACCAAUGCCACGUUGGCUUUCUGAAGAAGACGACACAGAUAAUCCCGAGGUUUGCGGUGGUAUGCAAGAACCACCAGCUACGCCAGUUGCCAAGGAUGAACUCGCUUUAAGACGACACAGGUUUUUCUCAGAUUUAAUGCACGCAACCAACAAUAACAGCGAGCAUAAAGUCAGAUUUGAUCCGUUGGGACCGAUGAUUCAUCCUGGAUACGAAAACGAUCGAGAAGAGCAUUUAGAACAGCUGGUAACUCGUUUAGAGAAGGUGACAAAAAGGCUCGAGAACGUGCCGUCGAAAUUUUUUACCGAAACCCAGGAGGUCGCUAUCCAGACUCACAUUUCAUUGCCAAAGCGCGUUGAGAGCGUCGACGUAUCGACAGGCCAAGAGUUUGACGAAGAACAAGACCAAGAAUUUCCAGAUCCUCCCGACUUUGGAGACGUGGAGGCAGAACUAGAAGUUGUCGAUCAAGAAUCACUUGAUUACACACUCAACAUCAUGUCCGUGUCUGGGUUCGAAGAUCUCGUCGCCGGACCGUUCGCCGAGUACUUGGCCAUAAGUCAAAAGAUCGGCGGUGACGUUGCCGCUCACAGCAAACUCGUCGAUGAAGCUUUCCGAAUUCAAAAGGAAUUUAUAAAAACAGCGGCCAGUCGUCCAGCGCCAUCGAGUCAGCCCGAACAAGUGUCACUUCUCGGUCCUACGUCAUCACAAAUUCAAUUGAUUCAGCAAUUCCGUGAGAACAAUCGGGGCUCCCAGUACUUCAAUCAUUUAUCGGCAAUCAGCGAGAGCAUUCCCGCACUAGGAUGGGUCGCCGUUACACCAACACCCGCUCCGUAUGUCAAAGAAAUGAAUGAUGCCGGUCAAUUUUACACCAAUCGUGUUUUGAAAGACUGGAAAGAAAAAGAUAAGAAUCACGUCGAAUGGUGCAAAGCCUGGGUCCAGACAUUAUCGGAGCUACAAAAGUACAUACGUCAGCAUCAUACAACUGGUUUGGUCUGGUCUAAAACAGGCAGUGUAUCAGCUCCAGUACCACCACCACCUGGUGGCAUGCCACCACCGCCACCUUGCAUGCCUGUCGGUGAUAUUUCAGCGUCUGCUGGUGGUGAUGACAGAAGUGCACUUUUUGCACAAAUUAAUCAAGGGGAAAAUAUUACUAAGUCGCUGAAAAAAGUAACAUCGGAAAUGCAAACGCAUAAAAAUUCAUCACUUCGAACUGGUCCAGCUCCAUUCAAAGCACCGGUCGUUAAUAAUUCCGGCUCGCCAAUGAAAUCUGUUCCUCCAGCAAACGCGCCUAUUGAUAAACCACCAGUAUUUAGUCGCGAUGGUAAAAAAUGGCUGAUCGAAUACCACAAAGGCAACAAAGACCUGGUGAUAGAGAACCCCGAGAUGAACAACGUCGUCUACAUGUACCGUUGCCAAGACAGUACUCUAAUAAUAAAAGGAAAGUUGAAUUCAAUCGUGAUGGACUCAUGCCGCAAAUCUUCAAUCGUCUUCGACUCACUCGUCUCCAGCAUCGAGUUCGUUAACUGUCAGAGCGUCCAGAUGCAGGUACUAGGAAAAGUGCCAACAAUUUCAAUUGACAAGACUGAUGGCUGUCAGAUGUAUUUGAAUCAAGAAUCACUUAAUGUUGAAUUGAUUACCAGUAAAUCUAGUGAAAUGAAUGUUAUGGUACCUAAGGGUAAUGGUGAUUAUACGGAGUAUCCAGUGCCAGAGCAAUUUAAAACGACUAUUAAUUCCAAAGGAUUGUCAACGAUAGCCGUUGACUCACUUGGAUAAAUUUAUAAUCCAUUUAAAAUUUUAAUUCGUCUCCUAAUCAUUAGACUCAUAAUUAAUUAAAAAAAUAAAAUAAAAUUAUACGACUAUA